AUGCUCCUCUUUGCACUCAUCCUGGCCUUCAUGAGCCUCACGGCCACCGCUGCAUCCACGCUCACCGACUUCUUCCUCGUCACUACCUCCUCACCAGCCAAAUUCAGCAACAUCCGCGCCCUGCCAGAUGUCAAUGCCACGUCUCUCUUCGAUCCGUACAUGUUCUAUAACUCGGCCUACUUUCUUCGCCUCAUCGGCCCCGGCUAUGGCUCUCUUCCCUGCUUCAGCCUCAUCGACGGCUUUCUCACCACGGAUGUUACUGGUCCCCACGGACAAGGCAAGUACCAGUACUGGAGCCACAGCGUCAGUGAGCACCUGCCGUUCUGGUUCAACGAUGGGCUCGUGACUGGCGGCCGCACCCUCAGUCUCGAGAAUGGCUUUCUGCUGGGUGUUGAAGGGGAUGUUGAGGGGUGGAGAGUUUGUCCGGGAGACUUGGAGCAGCAGGUGCUUGUCUGGAAGGGCAAUGAUACGGGCUGUGUGCAGCGACUACCAACCCCCACCAAUUCGGAACCGUCCGACGACACGUCAUGUCAAACUGCAUCGUCUAAACCAAACGCCACGGGCUCAAACGAUACAGCUCCAAAAGAACCAUCCACAUCAGCCUCUACCUCAAUAGCCUCCUUUCUGGCAGACCUCUCCUGGCAAUUCCUCGACGCCUUCAACGCCCGCGACUUCGAGUGCCUCCAUCUCCUCACGCACUUCUCCACAACCUUCACGGCCUCCGCCCCCGGCCAGAUCCCCUGCACAUCCGUCACCGAGCUCCUCUGCAACCGCGCAGCUCUCGUUGCCAAGUUCCCGGACCUCCAACUCGUCUUCCUCUCUGGCAAUACGGAAGUCCGUGACGAGACCGGUUACGCAGAAGUGUACAUUUUCACCGAGAUUCUAGGGAUGCCGGUGGGGGUGAGGAGGCAGGUUUUGAAUGUGUUGAAGUGGAGGAGGGAGGAGAGGCGGAAGUGGAGGUGUGUGGAGUUUACGUUUAUGGCGAGGUGGCCUGUUGAGGAGGGACGGGGUUGA